AUGAGCGAACCUUAUUACACCGGCUACAAGGAUAAUAAAAGCUGGUCAUAUCGCGGAUUUAUGAACCGUAACCGUGAUGUAAUUAUUCAAGACUAUUGGGAAAGACUUGACCUUACCUGGUCUCGGCGAUUUUUAGUUGAUGCAAAGAAGUUGUUGGACAAGGAUACUUUUGCAAAGUUAAAGAAGAAGGUCGAAUAUGAGCGAAAUGGUAAUGGUCUUCUUUUAUACUGGAAGGCAGUCUUAUUUGAAUAUAAUAAAGAAAAUCAACCUGCAUCCACUGUGUGCAUAAAAAGGAAGAUCACAGGAGAGAGAAUCACGCCGAAGAAAAGGCGAAGGAAAUGGAUGAUAGAUGACGCCAUUACGCGAAAAGAACGUUCAAUGGUCUAUUUUGUAGAUCCAGCAGAGCGGAACGUUCCACUCAUUGAAUUAAUUCGUUGUGGUGAAUUCGUAACGUUACAGGGACCACGAUCCUCCGGCAAGUCUACACGAGUAUUCGAAAUUCAGAACCAGUUGCAAAAUGAAGACUUUAUUUGUAUUUAUGUAUGUUUUGAGCAAAUCAAUAUGGAAAGCGUGGGCGAAUUCUGGCAGACCUUCGGCGCUCAGCUCUACCUCGAUGUUCCCGAAUACGAACUCGAUAAUAUCAACUCUGCCAGUGAUUUCGGCAUAGCAUUUCAGAAAAUCAAGUGGAAUUAUCAGAUUGUUUUCCUUAUUGACGAAUUCGAUAGAAUGUAUAGAGCGAAUGAUGAUGUAAAGUUCUCGUGUUUGAAAACUCUUCAUGAUAUUAAGAAAACAAGAGAAAAAUAUGCCAUUUGGUCCGUAGUCGCCACUGGACCCUUCAGUAUCCUGCUUCUGAAUUCGAAUGAUUUAACUAUGUCACCUUUCGACAUUGACGAUUUUUUCCAGAACCCAAAUUUUACUUUGGAACAAGUACAAUCCUUGUACAAACAGUUUGCGGACGAAUACAAGCUUAUCAUUGACCAGGAGACGG